AGUCAGAACUAUGGCACCAAAGAAGAAGAAAAGGACCGGGCCGUCUAAAGGGGAGCCUCCUCGGAAGAAAGCGGCGCCCCCGGCGUGCUGUCCCGAGGUCUACCUCACCCGGCCACCGCAGCCGGAGGAGAAGAAGCCUGGUCAACUGGACGACGAUCAACUGAGACAGUUUUUCGAAGAGGGCUUUGUCCUAGUAAAGGACUUCUUGAAGCCGGAAGAACUGCAGCCCGUACGAGACGACAUCGAGCGCCUUGUGGACGACCUGGCCGAACGGCUGUUUAAAGCGGGAAAAAUCAAAGAUAAGCACAAAGAUGCCGGCUUGUUCAAACGACUCACUCUACUCGAACGAGACUUUCCCGGAACUGCCGUCAUCUUACACAAGACUGGGAAACUACCAAAGAGUUUCCGAGAUCUUUGGUCCAAUGAGCGCCUCCUGAACGUGAUGGAGCAACUGGUCGGACCCGAGGUUGCUGGAAACCCCAUUUGGAACCUCCGGACCAAAACGCCCUACAACGAGCAGACAGAGGUUCCAUGGCAUCAAGACAACGCGUACAUGGACGAGGAGGCGCUCGGCACGCUGAUUCCCACUGCCUGGAUCCCUCUGCUGGACGCCACGGUACAGAACGGCUGUAUGCAGAUGGUGCGGGGAGGGCACCGUAAGGGGGUCCUGGCUAAACACGUGUGCUGUACGGGCGGCACGUGGUACGUGGAGAUGGCCAAGGAAGAAAUGGAGCAAACUCUGGAUUGCGACCUGACCAAAGACGUGGUGACAUGUGAGAUGCCGUACGGCAGUGUGCUUCUCUUCAACAACCUCACACCACACAGGAGCCUCUCAAACAUUUCUACCGAUGUGCGCUGGAGUCUGGACCUGCGCUGGAUGAACCCGGGGAAGCCGGCCGGCCUGUGGGGGCUGAAGGGCAGCCUCCCCAUGCGCUCCGCCAAGAACCCCGACCUGGUCAUAGACUGGGAGGCGUUCGAGGCGGUGGAUCGUAAUAAACAGCAGCAAAAGAGUGUGGACAAUGUAGCCGGGGCUGAGGACGAGUUUGACGCCACCAUCCAGGGACCGUGGAUGACACGCUGGGAAAUCGUCCAUCACAACAAGCACACCCGCUCAAUGGUCAACCCUGGCAAAUAG